AUGGCUACGCCUAGUUUACCAGCUCUCGAAUGUAUACUGUGGUGCAAUAAGAAACAUUUCAGUGGAACUUGCAUUCGAACGUUAGUAAAUGCAAGUAGAGUUUAUUCAGAUUCGUUAUUGUUCGGCGAUUUGGAAGGAAGGACCGAAUAUUUUGCUGUUAAAGAGCCACUUCAAGACGAUUCUGAGGAAAUUUCCACGCAAUUCCUGUGCGUGGAGAAGUGUGCCGUUGGACAAACCGAGGUCUCCGAUUCACUUCGGAUCUCUGAGUGGAUGAGACCCCGUUCAUCGUCAUUCCUUCAAUUUAUCACGUGCUUGGCUUACUUGUUUCUAGUCCAAGCGAAAAAGGAGCUUGUUUUCGUGCAAGCUUUAUGGAGACAUGGUGAUCGUGCACCAAAUUCGCUUCCGUACCCCAAGGAUCCGUACAAUGAAAGCGCUUGGCCGCGUGGUUGGGAACAGCUGACCAAUAUAGGGAUAACCCAAAUGAAUGAGCUUGGCAGAUACUUCAGAAAAACUUACGGUUCUUUCGUAUCCCCCUAUCACAUCCCAAGCCAGGUUUACAUUCGCUCUUCAGACUCCGACCGCGCUCUCACCUCCGCGCAAGCAUUCCUCUCAGGUUUCUACCCCGCCGAGGGUAGUUUUCAGUGGCAAAAAGGUAACUCUUGGCAGCCAAUUCCUGUGCAUGCUUCAACACCAGGAGAACCGGACCUGCUCCUAAAACCGACAUCGACCGACUGCAAGGAGUACGAAGAACUAGUGGAAUAUGACGAGAAAAAACUAGCCAAAAAAUAUAAUGCAAAGUAUGAGAAAUUAUUUGAGAAGCUGGAAAAAGAAACAGGCAUAAAAAACUUUUCAUAUUAUAAUAUCAACAAGGUCUACAAUGUAAACAGAGAGCUACUUAAUAACAUGGUAGAAAAGCAGCCGGCUUGGGUGUUCAAGAGAUGGUCAAAGUACGGAGGGCGGAGCACCAUGGAGAUUAUCUCUGAGCUUCGCCGCAUACGUAGAACCACAGAGUUCAACUCCAAGAAGAAGUCCAGGUUCCUCGGCGGUUAUUUACUGAAUAACUGGAUUGAAAAUGCGAAGAAAGUCGCCAAUGGAACGAUGAAAGAGCCCAAGAAGAUGUUGUUGUACUCUGCGCAUGAUGGUACAAUAAUGCCACUUAUGUAUGCGAUGGGCGUAGCAAAUGACCUUCUCGUUCCGUAUGCAUCUGCGCUAAUCAUGGAGAUUUACAAAGACAAUGACGACUAUUUGGUAGAGCUGCUGUUCCGAAACGAAAGUACCCGUGAUCCUUUCCGCCUCUCAAUCCCCGACUGCGGGAAGUCGUGCACUGUAAAGAAGAUGGCGAAGAAUUACAAGAAGAUGGUUCUGUCGAGCCUGGAGGAACAGCAAAGUUUAUGUGGCACACCAAUGAUAGACAACGAGAGACCAACUAUGGAAAUUAACCACCUAAUCGUCCUUUCUUACCAUGGAUUUUUGAAUGAGCAUCGUUUAAUCGACUACGUGAAGCGAAUGAUGUACUGGCAACAUGACAGACCGCUACAAUAUCUACAAUGCUUGAAUCUCCAUGAAUGUCUCAGAUAUCCGUCGUUCCGCAGUGACCUCAUUUCAGAAAUGAAAGCGGAAUAUAUGGAGGACGAGUGGUCGCUACCGCGGUUGAAUUCACAACAUCAAGAGAGUUCAUAUGACACUCAUUACGCAACGGUAGACGAUGAAUGA